CUUCCCGCACUGGGGGACUUCCACCCGCACUUCACAAUUCGCCUCCCCACCAUCUUCUUCGUCAACCACACACAAUGGCUGCAGUCCGCUGGGCAAAGUUCACAGUAUAUUCGUCGCUCAUCAUUGGGGCUGGUGUAUGGCUCCAGUCAAAAACCGUCCCUAGCGAAAAGGAGCUGUACAGCCAACUCUCUCCCCAAUUAAAGAACAAGAUGGACCAGAUCGUCCGCCACCGAGAAGGGAGCCAGACAAUGAAAGAGCGGUUAGAGGAAGCCGGCGAGAAGGACCAGGUCGUCUGGGGUGACCAGCUCAAUACUAAGCGCAAACCUCUUUUUCCGGAUAGGCAUUGAUGACCGCUGCAACGUAUUCCAUUUGUGUAUAGUACUCCAGGUGUAUGCAUCUAGCUACGUAGUACGGCAGCGCGUGGUAGGAUAUCGCAAUUUUCUUUGCGUCGUCGUUUCGAUUUGCCUGCGCAGCUGCCCUGCGACGGCGCUGCUUAUAUUACUGUGCACUUCUCGUUACCUUCCAGAUUUUGACUUGGCCCAGGGCUUUGGAAAUGCA